UCGUCUCCGCCUUUGUAGCUCGCUCCCUCGCCGCAUCCUCCUCUCGCGUCCCUGUCGCGCUCGCGCGCGCCCGAGGACCCUGCAUCCCUCGCGUCCCCGCCCCCGGCCCCGCCCGCGCCGGUACCGCAUUGCCGUACUGCAGGGGCGCGGUGCACUGCGCCUGCUCGGGCGAUAGGUGGACCCCCCUCCUGGAGAGAUAAAACCGCCGGCGCCGGAGCCGCCAGUCCCUCUGGCUGAGACCUCGGCUCUGGACUCACUGCUCAGCGUCCCCUCAUCCUGAGCCAGAGCACCCCAGGUCGUGCCAGCCCCUCCCCACGCCCCAGGCAGAAUGGGCAAGGAGAAGACCCACAUCAACAUAGUGGUCAUCGGCCACGUGGACUCGGGCAAGUCCACCACGACUGGCCACCUCAUCUACAAAUGCGGGGGCAUCGACAAGAGGACCAUCGAGAAGUUUGAGAAGGAGGCUGCCGAGAUGGGGAAGGGCUCCUUCAAGUAUGCCUGGGUACUAGACAAGCUGAAGGCAGAGCGGGAGCGCGGCAUCACCAUCGACAUCUCCCUCUGGAAAUUUGAGACCACCAAAUACUACAUCACCAUCAUCGACGCCCCAGGCCACCGCGACUUCAUCAAGAACAUGAUCACAGGCACAUCCCAGGCGGACUGCGCCGUGCUGAUCGUGGCUGCAGGAGUGGGUGAGUUCGAGGCAGGCAUCUCCAAGAAUGGGCAGACCCGGGAGCACGCGCUGCUGGCCUACACGCUGGGCGUGAAGCAACUCAUCGUGGGGGUGAACAAGAUGGACUCCACGGAACCCGCCUACAGCGAGAAGCGCUAUGAUGAAAUUGUCAAGGAGGUCAGCGCCUACAUCAAGAAGAUCGGCUACAACCCGGCCACCGUGCCCUUCGUGCCCAUCUCAGGCUGGCACGGGGACAACAUGCUGGAGCCCUCACCCAACAUGCCCUGGUUCAAGGGCUGGAAAGUGGAGAGGAAGGAAGGGAAUGCCAGUGGCGUGUCCCUCCUGGAGGCCCUGGACACUAUCCUGCCUCCCACACGCCCCACAGACAAGCCCCUGCGUCUGCCGCUGCAGGACGUGUACAAGAUUGGUGGCAUUGGCACCGUCCCUGUGGGCCGAGUGGAGACAGGGAUCCUGAGGCCUGGCAUGGUGGUGACCUUUGCGCCCGUGAACAUCACCACGGAGGUGAAGUCAGUGGAGAUGCACCACGAGGCUCUGAGCGAGGCCCUGCCCGGGGACAAUGUCGGCUUCAACGUGAAGAACGUGUCAGUCAAGGACAUCCGCCGGGGCAACGUGUGUGGGGACAGCAAGUCUGACCCACCCCAGGAAGCCGCCCAGUUCACGUCCCAGGUCAUCAUUCUGAACCACCCUGGGCAGAUCAGCGCUGGCUAUUCACCAGUCAUUGACUGCCACACAGCCCAUAUCGCCUGCAAGUUUGCUGAGCUGAAGGAGAAGAUUGACCGUCGCUCCGGCAAGAAGUUGGAGGACAACCCCAAGUCCCUGAAGUCCGGUGAUGCAGCCAUUGUGGAGAUGGUCCCAGGGAAGCCCAUGUGUGUGGAGAGCUUCUCCCAGUACCCGCCUCUCGGCCGCUUCGCCGUGCGCGACAUGCGGCAGACAGUGGCCGUGGGCGUCAUCAAGAACGUGGAGAAGAAGAGCGGCGGCGCCGGCAAGGUCACCAAGUCGGCUCAGAAGGCGCAGAAGGCGGGCAAGUGAAGCGCGGGCGCCCGCGGCGCGACCCUCCCCGGCGGCGCCGCGCCCCGCCCCCGCCCCCACCCCCGGCCCCGUCCCCGGCGCGGCCCCGGCGCCUCGCCCCCCCGCCAGGCGCAUGUCUGCACCUCCGCUUGUAAGAGGCUCUCCGUCAGCGACUGGAUGCUCGCCAUCAAGGUCCAGUGGAAGUUCUUUAAGAGGAAAAGCGUCCCCGCCGCCCCGGCUUCCGCGUCCAGCCUUUGUCACGCUCAGUGCCCGUUUUACCAAUAAACUGAGCGACCCCA